AAUUGGGCAAGCAGUUAAUUGCCUAAUAAAUAUUUCAAAAUGAACCGUUCGUUGUGGCACGGUCACACUUGGGCGCCAAGCCAAUACGAUAGUUGCCAUUGGUGUUCAGCAAUAGUAGUUGGCAACACUACCACUCGGCAAUAUCGAUACAGUCUGCUGCAAUCGAUUACAGUUGUCAAAAAUAGAGUUGGAAACUAUCUAUGUUCAAUCGAUUAUGACAUCGAUGUUUCACCACCUCUAGUCGAAACACAUGCGGUGCUGCGGAAAAGUGUGAUUAUAUUAACUUGAUUUCGACGAUUUGAAGGCAGCGGAUCGCCAAAUUUAGAGUAAACGAGUGCCCACAGGAGUGGCGGUGAAUGCCCAUUAAGCAGCUGACCUGACCAGAGAUGACGAGCGGUACGGUAGCGACGGCGGUGGAGGUGCAGCUGCCGCUCAAGGUCGUUCGCCGCAAAAUCGAGCGCGUUGGCUUGGCUUACUUUGCGCAACGGCGCCAAUUUCUAGCUCCCGGCGGCGUGGAGCGCAGCGAAAGCGAUGAGAAGUUGGAGGGCGUUGGCGAGGAGGUGGACAUCAGCUACCUGAAGUCGCUGGAUCCCAAGGAGUGGAAGGACCAGGAUCACUACGCCAUUCUUGGCCUGGGCAAGCUCCGAUACGAAGCCAGCGAGGAUGACAUUCGACGGGCUUAUAGACGCAUGGUCCUGCUGCAUCAUCCCGAUAAGCGGAAAGCCAAGGGCGAGGAAGUCAUCCAGGACGACGACUACUUCACAUGCAUAACCAAAGCCUACGAGAUACUAGGCACAUCCAAGCCGCGACGCAGCUUUGACUCAGUGGAUCCCGAGUUUGACGACUCGCUGCCCUCUCAGAACGACAUCGAUAACGACUUCUUUGGCGUCCUGAACAAAUUCUUCACACUUAACGGGCGCUGGAGCGAAAAGCCGCAUGUCCCCGCCUUCGGGCAGGUGGACGCCAAACGCGAGGAGGUGGAGCGGUUCUACAAUUUCUGGUACGAUUUUAAGUCAUGGCGAGAGUUCAGCUACUUGGACGAAGAGGACAAGGAGAAGGGUCAGGACCGUGACGAGCGUCGCUGGAUCGAAAAGGAGAACAGGGCGGCUCGGAUCAAGCGCAAGAAGGAGGAAAUGUCUCGCAUCAGGGCGCUCGUCGAUUUGGCCUACAACAAUGACAAGCGGAUUCAGCGUUUCAAGCAGGAGGAGAAGGAUCGCAAGGCUGCGGCCAAGCGAGCUAAAAUGGACGCCGCCCAGGCCCAGAAGGCAGAAGCUGAUCGUGCCAUCCGUGAAGCGGCUUUGGCCAAAGAGAAGGCUGAAAAGGCCGAGCAGAAACGCAUCGAGCAGAUCCGCAUCGAACGCGAGCAGCAAAAAAAGCUGCUUAAGAAGGAGCGCAAAACACUGCGCGACAAGGUCAAGGACUGCAAGUAUUAUGCCAAGAACGAUAAGGAUCAACUCAAGCAUAUGGAGGGCACGGAAAAGAUUUGCGAGACUUUUAAUCUGGCAGAGCUGCAAGCUCUGAAUAAGGCAAUGGAAACAAAAGGCCGUGAGUCGUUUGUUGCAGCCCUGCAAACAGCCGAGCAGAAAAUAGCUGCCGAGUUGGAGGAGAUUAACCAGACACAGACCAAGAAGAUCGCCAGCACGGGCGUCACGCCAAAAGGCGUUAAGGAAGUGAAGAAGAAUGAGCUUUGGAGCAAUGAAAACGUGCAGUUGCUUAUCAAGGCGGUUAAUCUGUUUCCCGCUGGUACUGCACAGCGUUGGGAUGUCAUAGCCACGUUCAUCAACCAACAUAGUCCGGGUAACACUGUGCUGGUCAAUGCCAGGGAUGUGCUUAACAAAGCCAAGGCGCUCCAGAACACAGAUCAUUCGAAGAGCUCCCUGAAGACCCAAGCCAACGAUGCGGCAUUUGCCAGCUUUGAGAAGUCCAAGAAAGAUGUUCAGACCUGUAAUGAUAUAACCCUAGGCGAGGAGACGACUGCACAGGCGAGCAAGGAAAACGUGAAACAGAACGGAGUAGAUCAUAAGUCGAACAAUCAGUCGGCCAAGCAGAAUGGAACGGCAACAGCUCCUGCUCCAGUAGCCCCCGCAGCAGCAGCCCCAGCUCAGGCCACAAAUGGGUCAGGCGGUGGUGCUGCCUCCAAGACCUGGACCAAGGAGGAGCAAGCCCUGCUCGAACAAGCCAUUAAAACCUAUCCAACGACGACACCCGAUCGCUGGGAUUGCAUCGCUGCCUGCAUACCGAAUCGCAGUAAAAAGGAUUGCUUGCGUCGCGUCAAGGAGCUGGUCGAGCUGGUUAACUCCAAGAAGGAGGCACAGGCGGCGGUCAAAUGAGUGGGGCUCCUGCCCCACUUCCCACUUUCCCUGCCACUCGUCCGCCUCAUCCACUUCUAGCUGCUGUGUCCCAUAUAAAUUUUAUUUAAAUAAAAAAUAAAAAGUUUUUGAACGUUUAGCGAA